AUGAGUGCAGAGGUUUGCGGCAUGAUGCAUCUUCUUUGGUAUAAAUACUAUUAUCCUGCUGUUUCAGGUGCAGAUCUUUCUCAGGGUUUUGAAGAGCGUAUUGAGCGUGAUGAGACAAUUGAUGAACAUCUUGAUGGAUUUUUACUUUCACUUUGUGCAUAUGAACGUACACAUGGCCGUACUCGUACUUCAGUUGAUAUUCUUACAUGGAGAGGCAUAUUUAUUGAGGACUGUCAUACAUCACCCCUUCCACCAACUACGCGUGAAGCGCUAAUGUGUUUUUGGGGUCAUAAAUUUGAAGCUCUUUCAACACUCCCCGACACAUGGGAUAAGUGUUCACGUGAACAAAUUGAGAGGCGGUAUGAUACUACUGUUAAUAAUAAUGUACAAUAUUGUGCUGUUGUCCGUACCAAGCUUGAUGGGAUUACACUUCUGAUAGCUGGAGAGGUUGACUGUAUAUGGGAUGUUAAACCAUCACCUCCAGAAAAUCCAACGUCACUUUAUGUCGAGCUUAAGACUGCGUUUGCUGACCGAGCUGUUUUUGAACGUAACAAACUUUUUAAAACAUGGGCUCAGUCAUAUUUGUUAGGAGUGCCGAGAGUGAUUGUUGGGUUUCGGACAGAAAAUGGAUUCUUGAGUGAAAUCGAAACAUAUGAAACACAUGCUCUACUUUCACGUGUACGUCGUUCUCGUGACGGUUUACGUGCUCUUGCUUGGACAGCUGCUCUUCUUCGCUUCCUUCGUAAAAAUUGUACAGAUAAGAUAUUGACUGAUGUAGCAACAGCAGAAAAUCAAUCAGACACAUUAUUAAAUGCAAAAGAAACAGAGACAAAAAUACCAAAAGAAGCCGUUGUUAAUAAUAUAUUCAGAACAGCUAUCUCUACUGAUAAUACAAACGCAGUGUCCACUGAUAUUACAAGCACAUCAUCUGCUGCUAAUACUACUGCUUUAUCCUUAGCAACGGUCUGGAGAUUGUCGUAUACAUCUGGUGACACAGUAGUACGCCUUGAACGUGUAAAGACACAAUGUUUCCUCCACCCAUCUUUUAUCUCUUAUCGUAUACAACGAAGCAACAAAACAGCUGGAAAAGAUGUAAGAGUGGCUGAAGAUGUAGAAGAUGCUUCAUCUUUAGCUAUGUUAUCAUAA